GCGAUCAAAGAACUAGCUAUGGCAUACGAACAGGAAAAAGAUUUCCACCACCCCUACACUCCCUAUCCGAUCCAAGUCGAGUUCAUGAAUGCCGUCUACACGACUAUUGAGGAUGGAUGUAUUGGCAUUUUCGAAUCGCCAACUGGUAGAACUUUUCGCUCCCCUGUAUAGAAUCAGCACCCACUAACGAAAUCCACUGUAGGCACUGUAAGCACACUCGCCGAAACAGAGAACAUAAUAUAUGGAUUCAGUGUUAAUUGAUGGUAGGGUAAAUCGCUGAGUUUGAUAUGCAGCGCCCUGACCUGGCUCCGCGAACAUAAGUCAAAAUCGUUAGAAUCGCAAUUGAAGGAAGAUGAAAAAGGUAAAACACCGCGUGAGGGAUUCAGUAGGUUUUGUUUGCGGUAGUGUAUAUGUGUGUGAGCUGAUUUCUGUGGUGGGAACGAAAAGACGACGGAGCACCCGACUGGGUGAAGCAAUUUGCAAGGGAUGAGAAGAAGCAGAAGCUACUGCAGGAGAAGGCUGACAUGGAAGCUCGGCUUGCGAGAAUUCGGGAGAAGGAGAAAAGGGAGAAGCAGUUGGCGAACAGGUGCUCAGAUCCGAAGACAAAACGACGGGUAUAUCAUUUUUGCCUAGUUUAUCAGUACACUGUUGUAUGGCUAACUGGUUGAUAGAAAGGCGAAGUAGCAGUUGAGGUUGAUGGGGAUGACGAUGAAGCCCAGUUUUAUCUAGAGGAUUAUGAGAGUGGGGACGAAGAUGGUGGUGCUAAAGGUUCUUCUGGAGGCGAUACACUCUCCCCAACGGUUGUUGCUUUGAUGAAGAAGUGCGUUCGAUUUGACUGAUGAGUGAUCACUCGUUUUUCCGAAGAACUAACAACACAUAGAUUAGGCUUACCAACAGGAAAGGAGACAAAAGACGAAGAAUCAGAGCUCCCGGAUGAAACCAAGGCACGGUUUCUCACCCUAUAUACAUAAGCAUUGAGUAAUAACUGUUUUCUAGAUCUUUUACUGCUCCAGAACCCAUUCUCAGCUGACCCAGUUCAUCAAUGAGCUCCGCCGCGUCAAGAUUCCUCCGCCCUUUCCUGAUGAGGGGGAUUCAGGUUUGGAGGAAGAAGUGAAACAUCUAUCGCUCGGCUCGAGGAAAAAUCUCUGCAUAAAUCCCAAAGUUACAAAGCUCGGGAACCCGACCGCCAUCAACGAGAGAUGCUUGGAGCUGCAACGGUCAGGUACAAUGCAUAGAAUUCUGGGCAUAGGUGCCACAAAGCACAGCCGCUAACCCUAAGUCUGGUACGAAAGGAGCUUCUGAAUCACGGUGCGAGUUCCUCCCGGGAAAGGAGGACCAGGUAGUUGUGCGCGAUUUCAGGGAUCAUACACUCGCAAAGAUCCGUGACAUCGAAGAUUUGGCAUCCCUGGGAAAAAAGAUGGGCGUUUGUCCAUACUACGCAUCGAGGCCCACAAUAAAGCCUAGCGAGGCAAGUCUCCUUUCUUCGCCCCUUCUAAUAUUCUAACAAGCUUCUGGGAUUGUAGAUAGUCACCUUGCCAUACCCACUCUUGCUUCAGAAAUCGGCUCGCGACGCGCUUGAUCUUUCUCUGAAGGGUCACGUAGUUAUCAUAGAUGAAGCACAUAAUUUGAUGAACGCAAUAUCGUCAAUCUACUCUAUCACGGUUUCACUAUCUCAGCUGCAGCGUUCCCAAGCCCAACUCGAUAUCUAUUUAGCAAAGUUCAAAAACAGACUAAAGGGUAAAAACAAAGUCUACGUUAUGCAAACCGUGCGAAUAAUAGCUUCACUCGCAUCAUACUUGGAAGGAAUAUCCAAGAAGUCCAAAGAAGGAGUCAUCUCCCCGGGCGACCUAGCUGUGCAAGGGAUCGACCAGGUUAACUUCUACAAACUCCAAACAUACCUUAACGAGAGCAAGCUGGCGCGCAAAGUGGAAGGCUACGCCGUGCAUAAGGAGGCCAACGAGCAGGAGAAGAGCAAGCUAACGAACAAACCUGGGGGAGCCAAGGUUCUCCAGCCAACAACUACCAUACCCGUUCUGACGCACAUCCAGGGCUUCUUAUUAGCCUUGACAAAUCCUUCUGCGGAGGGAAAGAUCUUCCACGGCAAGACCGAGGAUAAGAACGAUCCGUGUCUCAGGUACAUGCUGUUGGAUCCAGCUCACCAUUUCCAGGAGAUCGUGGAGGAGGCUAGAGCAGUAAUACUAGCCGGUGGAACAAUGGAACCGGUAUCAUAACAAGUUUUUUCAAAUACCUUUAUAGAUGCGGAUUCUAAUUGGUACCAGAUGAGCGACUACAUAAACCAUCUUUUCCCUUACCUACCCAAGGAAAAGAUACGCACGUUAUCAUGCGGACAUGUAAUUCCGGAGGAGAACCUAACUGCAUUACCAAUAACUAAAGGACCGGGUGGAAGGGAGUUUGAGUUCACCUUCGAGAAGAGAAUGCAGCCUGCUAUGGUUCGUUCUCUUACAAUUCAACUGCUGUUCCUCUCGUCCCCUAAUGGUUUUACAGAUUGAGGAGCUGGGUAGAGCCAUAGUAAACCUCUGUCAAGUGAUCCCGCAUGGGGUCGUUUGCUUCUUUCCCAGUUAUGCAUAUUUGGAAUUUGUUGCUUCCCAAUGGCGCAAGAAGCCCACCUCCUCGUCCAACACUGUCGCCAAAUCCCUCUGGGAGCGUCUCGAAGAUCGAAAAACGGUAGCCUAUUCUUUACCCCCCUCUGACACAUUGCUAAUGCCGCAACUCAAACCUAUAGGUCUUCCGGGAGUCUAGUGAGGGAAGCAGUGUCGAAGAAGUGCUCCGAGAGUAUGCGCAAGCGAUAGACAGCGGCAAAGGAGGCCUCCUUCUGUCAGUUGUUGGCGGGAAGAUGUCGGAAGGGAUAAACUUCAACGACAAGUAAGGUCUCGCACAGAUCACUCAGAGCGUUGCAAGACUGACCAGGAACAAUAUAUAAACCAGCCUUGGCCGUGGGAUAAUCAUGGUCGGCUUGCCCUUCCCCAACAGCAAUACCGCCGAGUGGCAGGCAAAGCUGGAACAUGUAGAAAAGGUGGCCCGGGAUUCCCACUGCGGAGUUCCCACGGAUCUACCGUCCUCGCCGCCGUCCGAAACUGCAGUGCGCAAUGCCUUUGCGAAGGCGGCUGGUAGGGAGUUCUACGAGAACGCUUGCAUGAGGGCCGUCAACCAGAGUAUUGGCAGGGCUAUCAGACACAGAGAGGAUUACGCCGUAAUCGCGCUCAUCGACAGAAGGUAUUCCACUGAGAGGAUAGCUUCGAAGCUUCCUAAGUGGAUUCAGAAUGGCUUCGUGCGGGGUCCCGUGGAUAAGGUGUUUGGGGAAGUUAUGGCAAUCACUGGUAAAUUCUUUAGGGCGAAAAAUGCGCAGCGAAACAUUGGGGAGCACGAGCGAGUGGGAUUUCGUAGGUUACAUUAAACUUUAGAGUUAAACGCUGCGGACGAGAUUAGUCUUCAUUGGCCGUUUGACCUUGGUGCAGUCAGAAUGGCGCGCUUCAAUACUGAUGCAAUACCCGCCUAG